CCAUACAUAGCACCCCAUUCGGUAUAAGUCAGCCAAGGCUCCUUAGCGUCAAUAGAUAAGACGUUCCCUAACAGUGGGAGCGGCACUGGGCCAGGAGGAAGAGAAUGGUUAUUCUGUCGCUUCUUGAUCAACCGCAUAAAUGCCGUGACCGCGACAAAGGACAGAGGAAUGCCGACGAGGAUAGCAAGCUGACCAUUAACUGCAGGGGCCAUGAUUCGAGCAGUGGUUUGGCAAACCGUAUAUGAUGCAAGCGUCCUUAUAACCACGGGGGGGUAAUAAAUCGGCGCCUGUGCGUUGAUUAUGCGUCUCGGUCGUGCGUCUCGGUCAUGCGUCUCCUAUAGUCCGGAUGUGUCUAUUGCUUCUAGUUCAAAUCACAUCAACUUCUGCAGCGGAAGCGCAUAAUACAAGAUGUGAAAAGGGUAUAAGAUCAGGCGGGCGGCAUGCACAGGAGCGUCGUGACGUCGUAUUUGAAUGUGGCAAGCAGCUUGCCUACCUUUACAUUCCAGAUUUUUGUUACAUCCCCAUGGUAUCCGCCGGUCGCAAAUUUUGUGUUUUGGGUGAAUAG